GUGUUCCGACGUCACGUGACCAGCAGGCAUAAACAAAAUGGCUGCCCAUGUUAGCGAUGUUGUCAUUCAUUUGCACCAAAUUUUCUCUUGAAUCUCACUGCAAAAUGGAAGCUGAAGAGGCUACGCUUUGCUGACAGAGACACAGUUAACACUGUUAAAGACGGCCAGAGGGUCAACACAGCAGGUCACCACGUGUGGGCCGGAGCUUGACCCAUGGAGCCGGACGGACAAGUGAACACCAGGCCGCCUCCGGCCGCAGUCGGCCCCCAGCGCGAGAGAGCUGGCUCUGAUGCAGUAGAUGGAAGUCCUCAAAGAUGCAGCGUCACAGUUCCUCGGCCAACAUCUAUAAAAGUCAAGACGAUAAAACGGAUCCAUGAAGGCAAUAUCAGAUUCCCCAAAAUAGAGGACUGUGCACACUUCCACUAUGAGUAUGUGGACAUUGGCCAACUACAGGUUGCUAUGGGAGAUGAGAGUCCAGACUCCCUGAAGCACAACGGUGUUCCAGAGCCUCACAAGGACACGCUGUACCUGGUCUCUGUGGAAUGUCAGUUGGACAACAGAGGAAACCAUCUGAUUGCACGAGACGAGUGCGCCAUUAACGUUCCCGCGGUCGCUGCUGCACACGUCAUCAAAAGAUACGCGGCUCAGGCGUCCGACGAAAUUUCACUCGAGGUGGGAGAUAUUGUAUCUGUUAUUGACAUGCCACCCACACACGAGACCUUAUGGUGGAGAGGGAAGAAAGGAUUUGAGGUUGGCUUCUUUCCCAGCCAAUGUGUUGAGGUGAUCAGUGACAAGGUUCCCCCCUCUUUCAACGUUCCCACACGGAGAACCAUCAAACCAGCCCCCCGUCCCCGGUCCUGGGCAGCACCUGCGCCUGCUCCCAGCUACCCAUACUUUUGGGAGGAAGGCACUAGUACCGGUACUCCAGGACCCAGAAAGAAGGUGUCCAAGAAGCACGGAAAGCUCAUCACGUUUCUGCGGUCGUUCCUGGCGACGCGCCCAUCGCGCCGGCUGCUGCAGCAGACAGGAAUCCUGCGGGAGCGAGUGUUCGGCUGCGACCUGGGGGAGUACCUGCUGCGCUGUGGGGUGGACGUGCCCCCCGUGCUGGCGUGCUGUUCAGAGUUCAUAGAGAAGUAUGGCAUCAUAGACGGCGUGUAUAGACUGUCGGGCGUGGCCUCCAACAUCCACAAGCUGCGGGCGGAGUUUGACAUGGAGACAGAACCGGACCUGUCCAAGGACUGCUACAGACAGGACAUCCACUGUGUCGGCUCCCUGCUCAAGAUGUACUUCCGCGAGCUGCCCAACCCUCUACUCACCUACCAACUCUACAACAAGUUUGCUGAAGCCAUAGACAACAAGGAGACCAGGUUUCAGAAGAUCCAUGAUGUCAUCCAAAAACUUCCCCCACCACACUAUAGAACCCUGAAGUACCUGAUGGAACACCUGUCUCAUGUGGCCACCUUCAGCGACAGGACAGGCAUGCAUUCCAAGAACCUGGCUAUUGUGUGGGCCCCCAACCUUCUCAGGUCAAAGGAGAUCGAGUCUGGAGCAGCAGCACUGAUGGAGAUCCGUGUCCAGUCUGUGGUGAUCGAGUUCCUGAUUCACCACGUGGACCUGCUCUUCAGCAACAAGCUGGCGGGGACACUGCUGGGGGCACCCUCUGAAGAUGCACUGAAGCCAGCUCGGCGGCCCAAGUCGCUGGUACUGUCCACCCCCACCAAGCUGCUGUCCCUGGAGGAGGCCCAGGCCCGCACCACCACAGGCUCCCUCCCCUCCCAGGGGUUCAUCGAGGUGGGAGGGGGGCCAGCCAACCUGCCGCAGUACCACGCUAUCAUCGACCUCCCUGAGGGUUUUCUCUCAAGGUCUCGCGACUUGCCAGCCUACUCUCGUAGGUGGUCCCUGUCUCUCCCAACAAAGUACAACACCAUUCUGGGGAUAUGGGGUAGAAACAAAGAUCGCAGGAGGACAAACUCAGACAAGUACAACAAGAGUAAGAAAUCGCCCCGUGGUUGGAGGUCCAUCUUUGCGAAGGAGACCAAGGAGAAGGCCGUGACCGACGGCACAAAACGGAAGAUCGAGAUCGAGAGGGUGGUCCCCCCUGAGUCCAGACUGUUCCCGGGGCAGACUGACAGGGCCGGGCUGUCCCCGUGCCGUAGCGAGGAGUCUAUUCCGUUCGCUCUGGGCAGCAUGGCGAGGGAGGAGGCACCUGAGCCUAAAAGUCUGCAGCCUGUGCGCAAGCCUGUCCUCCCUGUGUCCACCAGCUCCUCCAGUAAUGGCAUGCCCCCCUCCCCAGACUACCUGAAGAAAGCCACUUCACACGAUUCCUUCUUCGACCUGCCUCCAGCCACACUGGCCCCCACCUCCAGCCCAGAGGAGGAGGAGGAGAACCCUGAUAUGAGACCUGACAGGAACCCAGAUGUGAGACCUGAAGGGAACCCUGAUAUGAGACCUGCUGAAUACACCCCAACACCUGUACCGAGAACCAGGAGCCACACUCUCCCCUCCUCCCUGGAGAUGGACUAUUCCAAGGGCCCAGCAGUCUCCCCUCAGAGUCCUCCCUUCAUCGAUGUCAGCCCAGACUGUUUCCUCCCGUCCGAGCCACAGCACAGCAGUCCAUACUUGGGACACCAGCAUCCUGCCAGGCAGGAAGACAUCAAAGCGGUGAAACUCAGGCACCCCUCUGCUCCCAUCUCAAUAGCUCGGCCCAGAGACAGAGACUCGCAGUCGCUAACAAACUACCCUGUGUCAAGGUCACUUUCUCCAGUCCGAGAAGUAAAGCCCAUUAGUGUGACGCCACCCGGUACCGAGUUUGUCCCCCCGAAGAUGCUGAGAAGUGUAAGUGACUGCCAUGCCCAGCUCCUCAGCAGCCCAAGAAGGCAGUCCUUUCGAAAAUCCUUCACAGAGGGCCUCCCGGAAAACCACAAGACAAGCGGCCAGGAGGCUGAAUCGGACACAAAUGCUUUCCACCCUGGAAGAGCUGUCCCAUCACAGGGUUCCAAUUUUUCCAAUUCUAUGACCAGACAGAAAGAGGAGUUUAGGAAAAUUCCUCUGUCGGCGUUCAACACCAAUUCCAAUGCCUCCUCCUCCAUGAGACAUUCGUACACCACUGCCCACAGACCAGAGACUGAUCACAGCAACAUUGUGUAUGUGGAGGGGCGCUUCUACCAGGUUCAUGGACGGAGUGUCAGCAUGCCUGCACCAGUGUGUCAAACUUCGUUACCUACAUUUGCACAUAGGGAAGGUGAGAGGCACCCUCCCCCUGUACCCCACCGCCCGUCCCACACAGACACUUCUGCGCAAGCCCCUCUCUACCCCAGGCCCCACCCGCAGUAUCCUGCCGACACCGCCAAUUACCCCAGGUCCCACCAGCAGUAUCCUGCCGACGGCGCCAAUUACCCCAGGCCGCACCACCUAGCCCAAUCUGCUAACUAUGAAAACCUGUUGAGUGGCAGGCCAGAGUCAGACCCAAGGACUUCUGCACAGAGUGACAGACAUGCUGUCCUGUCAACCUAUGAUAACCUGGAUUGGUGCUCUGUUACCAUGCAGCAGGAUGAUGGUGGUGUUUAUGGUCAGCACAUGGGAGAGGGUCGUGUCUAUGGUCGGCACACGUCUGAUGGUGGUGUCUACGGUCGUGAUGGCCCCUAUACUGGAGCAGAGAGUGAAGCCAGCACUCCUCAAACGCUCACGCCUACAAACUGAUGCAGCCCUGUAAAGCAACGUCUUCAGUUGGGUUGGACUGACGACCACUUUCUUAGUAUCAAAGGAAACAUAUAGCAAUUCUUGUAUAGCAACGCUUUUGAGCAAGUGUAGAAGACCAGCUGUGGUUUUUGUUAUGUAAAAGAGAUUCAUUCUUUACAGCCCAGGGCAUUUCAAUUUUGAUUGUCCUGGCUGCCUUUUGGUGACACUAUACUUUUAUUACCUGUUGUGCUUUAUUUUUUACAUUCAGUGAGCAAAGAAAUUGUUUAGCCAGUAGCAUGUAGGGUCAAGCUUUGGAGCUCAUUUAAGAAGGCAGCCUUUUGUAGAAACAAGGGAAGGCAAACCGUAUAUAGCUGAAGUGUAGCAAACAUUAUGUCCUCGUCACGUACAGUGUAAUGAUCCAUUCCUCAAGUAAAGUUGUAAAUAAUAAAAGCCUGAUAUGAAGACAAACGUCUUCACCAUUUGUGGAGAAGAAAAUUCUGUGGAAACAUCUACAAAGUAGUGCGAAGUAAGUGCAUGUCAAGAAGAAAAAUCUUCUUUCUUUCAUGAGAAUUCAAGAAAAGUUGACGAUGAAGUUUUCUUGAUGAUAUGUAGUGG